AUGCCCGAGGAGGUGGAGCUCAAAUUGGUCUUUGCCAAUGACCACAACUCAGCAACCUUUGCUGUGGCGCUGAACACAAGCGUUAAAGAAGUGAAGCGGCUGAUCCUGCAGAGGCACUGGCCAACGAGCCCGAAUUUGAUUCCAGCAGCGCAAGUUGACAGGAUCCGCCUCUUCGCAGCAGGUAAAGAGCUUGGCGGGAAAGGUACGGAGGACGUCAAAAGCUUAAAGGAUGCAAAUAUCUCACUGAGCCGGAAUGGCCCAACCCCAGUCCACGUCAUGGCAGUCCAAAAGGACAUCACGACGGAGAAGCCUACAACUACCACGGAACACUCCUCCAAGUCAACAACGCA